AUGGAGGAGGGGCAAGGAGUCUCGCUGAUCUCGUGUCAGGUGAUGAUUCUUGUUCCCGUGCUUGGAACUCUCUCAGCUAUCAUCGCCGCCUUCACCACCCUCACUGGCCUCACUGCGGUACCUCCGCUCAUCAAUCUGUCGAUGGCGAUAUGGGGAAUCAUGCUGUGGAGCUCGAUGGGAGACGCUUGUAUGGAGUUCUUCGAGAAAAGAUUUUGGCAUCUUGCGCUGCUCUUCAAGAUCACAGUUGUUCUCUUAGCCAUCACGCUCUUCACUUUCUUCUGCAUCAUCUGCGUGGGAGCUGCUUUCUUGGGAGGGACGGUAGCGACAGGAGGGAUUCUCCCGAGCAUGCGGGGAUACUCAGCCAUCUCGGGAGACCGGGCAGGCGAAACUCCAUCGGAGCGCGACGAGUCGCUGCUGGAAGGCGCAAGGGAAGGGGAUAGUGAAGCGGUUGAGAAACUGCUGAGAGGAAACGCAAAUUUAAACGUCCGAGACGAGAAUGGCUUCCAAGCAUUACACUUGGCAGCGUCGCGAGGUCAUCUUGCGAUUGUUCGACAGCUGAUCAAGGCAGGGGCGAACAUUGAUGCUGAGACGUCGGCCGGGGAUACUCCUCUCUCUCUAUCAGCGGGACAUGUGGAGGUUGAACAAUUCCUGCGAUCAGUGGGAGCGAAAGAGAGGAACGCAUCAGAAGCGGAGAAAGUGUAAAAUAGAGAGAUUGUAUUGUAAGAACAUUGUUUUGUC